UGCCCGUCGACGAUCCAAGGCGGCGAGAGCAGAAGAAGAAGGGGAAGAAGAAGUGAGAUUUUAAUCCGUGUCGAGUUCAUGGAGGUCGUGUCGGAGGACGGCGACAGCGUCCGGAUUGAUUGGGAUUCGUCGACCGUGAUCGGCAGACGGCUAGGGUUAGGGUUACGGCGGUCCUCAUCCGCCGACCGCACCGUCUCCCGCCGCCACCUCUCCUUGCGACUCGCCGGAUAUGACCGCGAGGUCGGUGGUUCUGUUGAUGGAGGGAGGGUCUUCUUUGAGGUAAUUGGGAGGAAUCCCGUCUUGGUCUGCAGCGGCGGAGGCGGAGAGAAGACGAGGGUGUUCCGGAAUUCGGAGAAGGGUGAGCUCCGAUCCGGUGAUCGAUUCUCUCUAUCCCUCACAAAUCCCUCAUUUUGGGUGCUCAAGAGGCGUCAAGAAGGGGAGGAAGCGGUGGAUCAGAGGGUCUUGGAUGCGGUGGAGAGGAGGGAGAGGAGGACCUCGGAGAGGAAGGCAAAAGUUGAGGCCAGAGGAAGUGAAGGAAAUGACGAAGCGGUUGGCGGGGAGCUGGAGUUAGAGUUGGGUGCAUUGGAUGUCUCCCAAAUCGAUCCUAUCAAAGAGUUUGGAUUCUUGGUAGAAGGCCAUGAGUUUGAUCAUUAUCCGAGGCACAAGAUCCGUCCGGCUAAGGAGUGGAAUUGGCUCCUCGAGGAGCAAGGAGGGAAUAGUGAUGACGACGACGACAGGCUGACUGAUGAAGGAUCUAGUCCGAAGAGGAACAAGGGUGGAAAGAAGAACAGAAGAGGUGGAGAUUAUGAGGAUGAGGAAUGGAUAGGUGAGAUCGAAGAAGAGAAUGAUACUGUUGGAAUUGGAAAUGCCAGGAGAUCCAGGCUCUCUACUAGAUCUAAAGACCCAAAAAGGCCACGCAACGAUGAUCUAGCUGGUACAAAGAAACCUGUGAAAGGCAGAGAUGUUAAUUGUCGCAAGGAUGAAGACGACGACGAAGAAGAUGAUACUUUAGGAGGUUUCAUAGUCAACGACGGUAAUGACGAUGAAGCAUAUGAAGAAGAAUCGGAGGAAGAGGAAGAAUUCGACGACGAAGAGGAAGACGCUGAUGAGUGACUGUAACAAGAAGGAACCAGUUUGUGUUGGUUCGUGGAAGUUCAUUCCGCACUACAAAAAAGGAUGUGGUGAUGGAGGAGGCAAGUUAAACAAACUGGAAACAAUUGGGACGACAAUGGUAAAUCUAGCUGAGUGGGCUAAGGAAUAUGAAUCCAAGAGAAAAGGAGAAAGAGCAGGAGAGAAGGAAUUCAAGAAGCAGCUUUGCAUCACCUUAAAGAAGGAAGGCUUGACGAGCCAUGGAAUGCUUCAUGUCACUGCAAGUUUCACGGAGGUGAGGCCUUUUGGAGUAAUGGAAAAGGCAUCACCUUGUGAAGACAAGAUGAUGGUAGAAUGCCAGGCCAGCCAACAAAUGAAAUCUGACGAUUCAGGAAGCUUUGACACAGAAGAUAUGGUUUUGGAUCGGCUUAUUCUGCUUCGAGAAGAGGAAGAUACUUCCGAAGUUGGUAAUCAUCACAAUCACACUGCCAGCAGCAGCAACAGCUGGCGAUCAAGUCCAGAGUCAGAAUCAUCUUCAAAGAGCUGGUUCCAAUGGAGCAAGAGGAGAAAAGUUACCAAUAUGGUUAGAGAUCUUGAGGGAGAAACCAUGAAGCCUUCCUCCUUUCAUCAAGACAAUUUAUCUGAAAAUGGCAAGAAGGAAUCAGCAGAGUCUGAUGAAGACGAUGAUCCAGUAGGCCACUGGAGAAACAAAGAAUUCAUCAGCAGGGACAAGCAAACAAAGCUCAAAGUCCAGACAUUCUUUGCUUCCAUUGAUCAGCGAGAUCCUAGUGCCGGUGGAGAGAGUGCUUGCACAGCAAUAGCCGCUGUAAUUGCAAGUGCGCUCCACGAUAAUGAACUCAACACACCAACUAGAUCAGAAUUUGAUGCACUUAUUAGAGAAGGCUCAUCCGAGUGGCAACAGUUGUGCAACAACCCGACAUAUAUUGAAAACUUUCCUGACAAGCACUUUGACCUUGAGACAAUAUUAGAAGCAAAAAUAAGGCCUAUAUCCGUUUUACCAGACAAAUCUUUCAUAGGAUUCUUCCGACCAGAGAACUUCAAAUCUUUGCAUGGAGCAAUGUCGUUUGAUGACAUCUGGCAUGAGAUAACUAGUGAUGUUGGAGGAGAUAGUAAGGUCUAUAUUGUAGGUUGGAAUGAUCACUUCUUCAUGCUAAAGCUGGAAGCAAAUGCAUACUAUGUGAUGGAUACUCUGGGAGAGAGAUUGUAUGAAGGAUGCAAGAAGGCCUAUAUGCUAAGGUUUGAUGACUCUACAGAGAUGUUCAGGUGGCAUGAAAACAAGGCAAUUGAAGACAGUGAAGAGCUGAUUUGUAGAGGGAAGGAAUGUUGCAGGGAAUUCAUAAAUAGAUUCUUAGCGGCUAUACCAUUACAGGAGGAGUUGGAGUUGGAGGAGAAGGGAAUUGGGAUCAACACAGCCCUCCACCAGAGGUUGCAGAUUGAGUUCCAGUUGACAGAGGCUUCAGCAGACUAAGACAAUGAUCCAUCAAAGGAUGGCAAUUGGAAAAAUAACAGUGAUUUUUAUAGCAACAACUAUUGGACUAAGAAAAGCAAUGGCACCAUGUGCGACACUUGGAGAAGAAAUAGCAAUUGGAAUCACAAUAGCGAUCGGAGUAAUGACAGCAU